AAAACACGGAAGCAUAAAAUGUAAAACGAACGCAUGAAUCGUAAGCGUAUACUUUGAAAUUUGUUUUGAUAAAUGUUUAUUUGGAAAUGUAUAAUCUAGCACGAGAGAGAAAAAUUACAGAAGUGGAUCGUGAACACGUUAAGAAGAUACGUACGAUAGGUGUGUUGCAUAUUGCCAAUUCCGUAAUCUUAAUUGGACUAGGUUUAUUACCGUUUUUGAGUGCCUUCGAAGUUAUCUCGAAGCGAUCAGCAUGUGGGCUAUGGGGAGGAAUGCUAGACCUUGGACUAGGAGUAACUGGAAUAAUACUCUGUCGUUUUCCUCAGUUCCCAUGGUUGGCAAUAUUUCAUACGAUAUAUGGCUUUAUCACCGUACUUUCUUCAGCUGCAAUGACCAUCCUAUCUGCAGUUCUUGUCGGAGCUUACGCAAAGAAAAACCGUCAAUAUCAUACAUAUACAUGGAGUGAAAGGAUUUAUGGUCCUGGCAAUGAGUUUGAUAUUGGAUUAUGUGUUUACGGUGUUAUUCUAAUUUUUGGGAUAAUCGAGAUAGCACUUUGCAUUACGUCAGUCAUUUAUGGUGCAAGAAUGUGCAGUUGCAAUCGCGACAACGCGUACAAAAUGCAAUAUCAACGCUAUCAAAUGGAACCAAUUUUACACUCUGCAGCGCCAUUAUCACACACUCAUAUACCAACAACGCAGGGGGGUCUUGUUUUGUCUCCUCAAAGUGCCGUGGUCCAGUCAUUACCACAUGAGCAACCACAAUUCACGCUCAAUAAUACAAUGAAUAUGCCAGUUCAAACACAAGUAAUCACAAACGCCGCAGGACAACACUUUAUGGUUGUUCCAUUAGCAAUGGAUGGUAACAGGCAGCCUGAGAGCUCAUCUCUAUCACCACUUCCUACUUUGAAAUAUACUCCUAAUCAGCAGAUAAACGCUUCUGAGCAACCACACCCUCUUCAAAUGGCUCAAUUGGUCGGGGUUUCUAACGCUUUUCAAGAAGUUGUGCCCACCUUCGAAUAUAAACAAAACCGAUCAUCUGCUUUCAUUCCACAAAUCGUUCCUACCCAUCAUAGUAAUACUACCCCACGAAGUUUGGAAACCAAUCCGUUUCAGCAAGACUUCCAGCGACAGCUUGUUACUGAUCCAAGAAAUUUUCCAAAUUCUCCCUUAAAUCAGCCACCUUAUCCAAUUGAACAACGUGAUGGUGCUUCCUUCGUCAACAUAUACAGUCCAUCUAAUGUAAGGUCACCGCCUAGCGCUUUCCAACAAAUUAUUCCCCAUCAGCAGAAUACGCAAUAUUCGUCCCACCAACACAUUGCUUCUCCAAAGAUUGACCCUCCACCGCAGAGUCAUGGUUCGCAAGGAAACCCUAACCAAAAGCACUGUGAAAAGUUGGAACAAGUCAUUCCUUUGAAGACUGAACCUCUACCACAGAGUCAAGUUUCGCAAGAAAACUUUAACCCAGAGCACGGUGAAAAUUUGGAACAAGUCUUUCCUUUAAAGAUUGACCCUCUACUACAAAGUCGAGUUUCGCAAGAAAACCUUAACCAACAGCACGGUGAAAAUGUGGAAAAAGUCUUUCCUUUAAAGAUUGACCCUCCACCACAGUAUCAACUCCAGCGAGAAAACCUUAACCAACACCAGGAUGGCAAGCUGGAACAAGAUGCUUCUUCAAAGACUGACUCUCCAACACAGAGUCAGACCCGGCAAGAAAACGUUAAUCCACCACAGGAGAGCAUGUUACAACAAGGUAUAACAACUCACUUGUACCAAUGAACAAAUUAUAGAGAUUGAAAGAAACCUACGGACUUACAACUCUCGUGUCAAAUCUUACCCUCGAAAUAAAUAAUUUUUGUUAUAUCAAA